AUGUGGGGUGAGUUGCUCUUUACUUUGCUGUACGCGAAGUGUACACUAAUAAAAAAAGGAAAAUGUGUUUAUUUAUGUAUGCCACUUUUGUAGGAUAAGUCUAUUUAGUGUAUAUAAGUUCUGAAUGUCAUAAUUAUGUGAACUGUUGGAAACGUUCUUGUACUUCAUUUGUUGAAUUAGCAAAGACAGACCAAUCACCAAGUUAGUUCAGUCUGACCUUAAGCAAGUUAAAGUUAAAGGCUUAACUAGUUGAAGUUCCAAUCAGAAAUUCUCCAGAUUCGGCACCAAUUUCUUUCUAGGCUUGUUUCUAUACGUGACUGCCAUAAUGAACUAUCAUAUCGAGGUUCUCAAAGAAGGGUACUCUUAUCUGAGUCGAGAUAAACAGUCCAUGGUAGCAAAUGGUACUUCAACACUUAUAAAAGGUCCUGGAGUCAAUAUUCUGGUUGACACAAUGAAUGCUUGGAAUAGCCAGUUUCUCAUUGAAGCCUUGAAAAGAAAUGGAAUAAAGUGCGAGAACGUUCACUACGUUGUAUGCACUCAUGGCCACUCUGACCACAUUGGAAAUCUCAACCUCUUUCAACGAGCAACACAAAUUGUGGGCAUGAGUGUUUCGUCUGGUGAUGUUUAUCAGCUUCAUCCUUUCGAAAAGGGUAUGCCAUAUAGAAUAGCUAGAAAUAUUGAAGUAAUUCCAACCCCAGGUCACACAUUGUCUGAUGUUAGUGUAGUUGUCAAAUCAACUAAUUGUGGAACAGUUGUUAUAGCAGGUGAUUUAUUUGAACGUAAGGAAGAUAUUAAGGACAUAAGUUUAUGGAGAGAUAUUGCAGGAAGUGAAAAUCCCAAUCUGCAGCUACAGUCUCGAGAACAUGUUCUGAGUAUUGCUGAUUAUAUUAUUCCUGGACAUGGACCGAUGUUCAAGGUGACAAGUGAGCUUAGAGAAAUACAUGCUUCUAUAGUGAAAUCAGAGCUAGGAAUAGCUUUGAAAGGUUGAUUACUUAGGAUAUAGUAGUUUGUAAUGGACCUGGGGGCCAUGGGAAAAUUACUAUUCUUCCAGGUAAAAUAACCCAUAGCAACCAGGGAUUAGAAAUAUUAUUAUAUAUAUAUACAUUGUAUUUAAAUGUUGUUAUUGUUAUAUAAAACCCUAUACAAUACA